UCAUAAAUAUUAAGCAUUGUGCAUUCAACCGCAUAAGCAAAGGGUUCGUUGCGUUUAUAUAUAGUAAAAAGGGCACAGUGCUUUAUGCGGAUCGGCGAUGAAAUUCAUAUUUUUUUUCGUUGUAUAAAUGAAAACAUAACACAAUAUGAACUAUUGUUCUAAAAAACGUUAUUAUACGUGACGACUUUUUAGAGUUAGAACUUUUGACCCUCCGAUGACAAUAUUUUGUGCAAAAUUUGAAUAUCAAUAGAAACUUGUUUUUUUUUACGUUAACAUCAGGUUUACAUUGCUUUAUACUUCUUUAUCGAAAAAAAAAGAUAUGACAAGUUGUUAGAAAUCUUAAAUAGGACAAGUGAAAUAUUUUAAUAUAGAACGUAGUUAGCUCUCACGUUUCAGAAUGGAUGACGAAGCCAUAACUGAUAACGCUACAUCUAUCUCCGCCACAAACUUAGAUAAUGAUACAAUAAAUUGGCAGCGCUUUCAUGAAUGGCUACACUGUAUCUGCGUUGUGACUUUCGAUUUGGAAAUUGGCCAAGCAAUGGAGGCAAUUUAUCCGGAAAACGUACGACUUACGGAAACGGAGAAAAUGAACAUUUGCUAUUUGGCGUUCCCGGACUCGAAUUCGGGCUGCAUGGGCGAUACACAAUUUCAUGUAAGGCUAAGAGUUGCUCCCAAUACGCCAAACACUUACCUCAAUGCAACACAUGUAGCCUUUAACAAAAUUUGUCUUCCAGCGGUACGAGCUGAUGCAGGGCACUAUUGGGGCUUUGUGUUUUUUCGUCAAACAAAAGACAAAAAUCUCAAACGUGGUUACUUUCAAAAGUCAAUUGUCUUGUUAACGAGACUUCCUUUUAUAAAUUUAUUUUAUCAACUGACAUCGAUAAUUGCUCCGGCUUUUUUCGACAACGACGCGACAAUGUUGAAUCAUGUUUGUCAUGAAAUUAAUGCAUGGCCCUCGUUACAAGUGAAAGAAACACUCACACUGAAUAUUCUCAAACAAGCUUUUCAAAUUCAAAUUCCCGCGUGGAAUUCAAAGUUGCAAGUGCAUGGAUUGAAAGACGAUUCGCCUACAUAUCAAGAAGUUAGUAUCUUGAGUGACAGCCCGAUCCCAACGAAGAUUCUUUCGUCAGUUUAUGAAAUUGAUAUUUUUAAUAGUCUUUAUUGCGUUCUAAACAAUUUGCAUAUGCUUUGGGAAUUAGUACUGAUUGGCGAACCAAUUGUCGUCAUUGGCACGUCCCCAACUGAUUGCUCACACAUGGUACAAAGUCUCGUAUCAUUAAUUUCUCCUUUAGUUUACGCUUCUUCAUCAAGACCAUAUUUUACUAUCCAUGACAGCGAGUUCAAAGAAUUCACUCAACGAGCAACGGGUCCUCCAAGUAUCAUUUUAGGCGUAACAAAUCCAUUUUUUGCAAAAACUUUGCAACAAUGGCCUCAUAUCAUUCGAUUAUCGGAUUGUUUGAUGAAUUACAACAAACUUCUCGCCGAUGCUUCGGGAGGCUCGGGAAAUAUGUCGCGUUUUGAGUUGUCAAAAGUCAAAAGUACGACAAUCACAAGCAAAUUUCUCGACACAUCGCCCGGCGUUUAUACACAAUACAAACCAUUCUUAAAACGCGAUGGAAAUUUAAUCAAGAAAAUACUCUUAGGUGUCAAAACAAAACGACCUGCUUCAGUACAAUCAGCGCUCCUUCGACGACAUUUGGUAGAAUUAACGCAAAGCUUUAUGAUACCACUCGAACGAUAUAUUGCUUCGUUACUGCCAUUACAACGUGAUAUAUCGCCAUUCAAAUCAACUCCCGUGCCUAAUGGUUUCAAACAAGACGAUUUUAUUGCGACGCUCGAAAAUUCGGGACCUCAUCUCACAUCUACGUGCAAAGGAGAUUGGGAAGGUCUUUAUCGGAAAUUUUUCUUGAGCAGCAAUUUUCGCGAAUGGUAUCUCAAUCGACAUUUUGAACUUACUCAAACACUACAAGCACAUCAAUUACAAGCUUUGGCUGAAGCUGAUCUCCUUACAUGGACCCAAAACAAACAAGAAGUCGAAGUUGUCGAUAUGAUCCUCAAACUCAAAGAUAAACUUCAAAUUUUCGACGAUACACAAGAUAAUCUCACACAACCCGCUUCCGUUGUAUUGAAAAAAGAAACGCGAGAAAACCUACUGCGACAAAUUGAUGGCAUAAAAUCGACACUCCCCGAUGAUCUAAAGGCAUUAAUUGACCAUAAUCUAAAGAAAGGAAAAACUAAUUAAUUAGAUUUAUUUCUUCGCGAUUUUCGAAAAAUCAAAGAUUUUUUAUCUACUUUAAGAGAUUUUUUUUAACAAGACUUCAUAACAAUAAGAUGAACUUGACCGUGAACGAUAUUCUCUCAAUUUUUGCGUCAGUCAGCAAGCAAGCAAGCGUAACAUCUGUAAGCUUAACAUAAUUAUGCCAUCUGUUUUUCUUCUUUUUUUCCUAAAUUCUCGACGUAUUAUACGUAAUUCAUCUCUGAUCCAUAGGCAUUAAAGAUGGAUUCACAUAAAAAAAUCUAUGUCAGAUUUGGACCACAUAUUGAAAAUCUCUUUUUUUCUCUCUCUCAAACACAAGAUAAGAUACGAUAAUUAAUUGUGAUGCUUUAGAAAUUAUAUUUCCUGAAACAGUGCCAAAAACAUUCACUCGAGGAACUGGAAAACUCAAACCAUUGAGAGAGUUAAUUUUUGUUGGUUGCUUUUUGAAAAUUUAAACGAUAUUGAUUGCGAACGACAAGGCAUACAUGUCUCUUAUGAAUGAAAAAAAAAAAUAAAAUUAAGUAAAACGAGAGACUGGUUUGAAAAGAUAUAGAGACACGUUAAAUUUUGCCUUAAAUGCGAAGAAUCGCUUUAAUGUACGAAUAACAAAAAUAUGGCAGCCACGAGAAUGAUAAAAAUGUGUUAAAAAAAUAAAAACAUGUUAAAUUUAGCGUUAUUACCCAUACAUUAUAAUUUAUGUGGCAUGGCAGUCUUUUAUAAAUAUAUAUAAUAUUUAUACGGGAAACCGGUUCUCAUCAUACUUCUUUGCGCUGAUAAAGAAAAAAAAUGCUAAAAAAAUUAAACAAGGAAUAGCAUUUUACGUUUAAUUUAAAGAAAAAAAAAUAUCACAAAAAGAUGACUUUAAGUUAAGGUUGGUCAAUAACUCCCAUUUCAUUUCAAAUUAUACUUCUUCUCAUGUAGCAUAAGAAAAACAAGUCAAAAAACGAGCAAGGUGCACGAUAUUAAAUUAUAUUUAUUUAAGUGGUUAGAUAAGAAAAUAUAUAUGUUGAUAUAAUGAUUAAAAAUUUAAUUCAUACAUAUAAAGAAUGGUAUGUCAUUCAUU